AAGAGAGAGGCGGAGUCACGCCGGGGGCGGAGAAAGAGGGACUCGGAGUGAGUCCCUCAGCUGAGUUGGGGAGCCGAUAGAGAGACGCCGGAGUCGCCCAGCAAGAGGAGACGGAGGCCGUUUCCCCUCGUUUGCGCUUCCUCGGUGCAGGUCGCCGCCAGCCCGCAGGCGCGGAGCGACCUCCUGUAAUAGGCGUUUAUACUGCUGAGAUGUCGACCGAGAAAUUCUUCUUGUGCCAUCCGAAGAUCUGGAAAUAAGCAGAUAUUUUGCUGUAUGCUGUAGAAGUGUCCCUAAAUCGCUCAAAUAGACUUUGACAAUGGGUCGGAUUUUCUUGGAUCAUAUUGGUGGCACUCGGCUGUUUUCCUGUGCCAACUGUGACACAAUCUUGACUAACCGCUCAGAGCUCAUAUCUACCCGUUUCACAGGGGCUACAGGACGAGCCUUCCUUUUUAACAAGGUGGUAAAUUUGCAGUACAGUGAAGUGCAGGACCGGGUGAUGCUCACUGGCCGCCACAUGGUUCGUGAUGUGAGCUGCAAGAACUGCAACAGCAAGCUAGGCUGGAUCUAUGAAUUUGCCACUGAAGACAGCCAGCGCUAUAAGGAAGGCCGUGUGAUCUUGGAAAGAGCUUUGGUCCGAGAGAGUGAAGGUUUCGAGGAGCAUGUUCCGUCUGAUAAUUCCUGAAUGGAUAUGUCCUUGUCUUGGGGCUUUCUCUGUUAAAACUUAAAGAGAAAAAUCAACAAAAAAAUCUACUUACAUACACUGUCACCUUAGCAUCAGCGUUGGAUUCGUGAACUACAAGAGGGAAAGAGAAAUUCAGAUGAAAUGUUCCUUUUCUGUUUUUCCUUGGUUUUGUCCCCUUUCUCUUCAGGUUUACAGAGAUAAUAUUGUAUGAAUCCUGUAACUUUGUUUUCUCAGAUAUGUGAGCCGUUGUAGUUAAGAACCAUCUGUAAGUACAGUAAGUAUUGUUUAGAAGAGAAAUCAGUGGGAUUUUAGUUUGCAGAAAACCCCCCACAACCUAUUUCAUCAGAAGGAAAUUUUUACUCUAGCGAUGCCUUUUAAUUUAUUUUCCAAUGUUUGUUUUUAAUUUUAAUUUGUUUUUAGUAAGACCUAUCACCUGAUUGGCUGGUUUAAAAAGAGAUCUGAUUUUGUGACGAAUCCUGAAGGUCCAGUGUUUAGUCCAGUUUGUGCUGGCCAUUGAUUCAUAUUCUUGUUGGGGUUUGUUGGUAGUACAGAGCUUGUGCUUGUCUGUCUCAUUUUUGUUAUCCAAAUAUGUUGUCAUUCCUCAUUUAAACAUCUUUUCAACCACAUGACUAGUGUUGAUAUCUUUUUUAAAAAAACAGGGCAAAACUUCUCUCUGUUUUCCAGUAGUAACUUAUAUUAUUAUGUAAGUGAAUGGCUAUUAAGUCUUGUGUUGCUUUUAUGUUAGUAGUGAUGGAGGAAGAGCAUUUAACUCUUGCUGAAGCAGAUUUUUCAUCUCCUGGCUGACCUCUAAAAGAGUUUCAACUUUUCUACUUAAUCUUUUCUGUAACAUUUAGCUUUGCAUUAAAAAAUAAACCCAGCCAUAAGGAAGAAGGGCAUGCUAGCAUGUAGAGUCGUGUAUACAGCCAGGUAUCAACUCCGCAUCUUUUAAAAUGGCAACGACUUGUCCUCAAAUGCUGCUUCUCAUGUCAAAGCUCUUAGUUGCAUCGUACCAUUGUGGUGCUGUGCCUUUACUGUUUUCACCAGCACAACAAGCUUACCUGGCAGUAGCUGGGUUACCUGGUGCUUCCUAUAGAAGUUGCUUGUGUGAAAAUAUUGAUAUCUUGCUUUUCUGAGCAAACCUUCUGCAAUCAGUGAUGCCCAAACAUUUUAUCAGUAUGUCCUGCCAAGUUAUACUUUUUUCUCUUUUUUGGAAACCUAAAGCUGUCUUAAUCAUAAUUUUGUACUUUUCUUGACAGUACCAGGUAUUUCAUAGGCAAGGUGUUUGCCUUAGUGAAAACUGACUCUAAAAGAUCUUUUAGCAUUAAGUUCCUAUGAAUGAACAAGGCAUGCAAACAGGGCAUCAUUUUAUCUGGAACAAAAUAAUAGUCAUAGCUACAAUCCUAACUGCACUAGUCUAGUUGCACAAGUAGCUUUAGAAAUGCUUUUCACAAGCCACCCCUCUCACACGUGACUAUCAAACUGUAGUGGUGGGGGAGUGGGGAGCGAUGGUUGUACCAGUCACACUGCUCAGGUAGAAUUGUUUUUGCUCAUUUGAGUUACAGUUUGGGCACCCCUGUUCGCUUGAUCUUUAAGCAGCUUUAAUAUGCAACUUAGAAGGAAGACAUGUAGAUUUGUUUAUUGGAGUUGAGUUGAAUCAGGAUGCUUGAAUAAUAGUGUGCUUGUGCCUCAGAUGAAUAAACUUUAGUAGAUCACCAUUCUAGUAUAAGGAGUAUUUCACUAACUUGGUAACUUCUCAUUGGCACAGUUCUUGAUGUACUCUACAUGUAUUUUGAUGUUGAAGUACAAUAAAGUAUGUUUUGUCCUGCUUUCUCUGACCAUAUGAUUCACUUCUUCAAAUGUACCUCUUGAAACUCUACAAAUAAAUGCUCAAAAUCAGA